GGGCAUGUAGUGCAGGGACAAACAAAUCAUGGUCUGAACAUGCGGGUGAAUGUGGCCAAGUACAAGGAUGAAGAAAAGACUGAACAAAUUCAGAGUUACAAGUCCACCUCACAGUGUCGAUUAUUUGAAUACCCAAGAUUUGUACAUAGCCUGAGCUUCCACCCCUGACUGUACAACAUGGCAGCUCCUGCCAUAGCAAACGGUGCCAGCACCAAUGGUGUCCAUAACAACAGUGAACCCUGCCCUCGGAGAUACAGGAGAGAGCCUCAUCACAGAGUCUUUGUCAACCGAAGCCUUCAUCUGGAAAAGAUCAAGUUCUUUGGCUUUGACAUGGACUAUACACUUGCAGUGUACAAGUCACCUCAGUAUGAAACGAUGAGCUUUAACCUCUUGAAGCAGAGACUGUUGACCAUUGGCUAUCCUAAGGAAAUUGGCGUGUUUGAGUAUGACCCCUCGUUUCCUGUCAGAGGUCUGUGGUUUGACAAGUGGUAUGGUAACCUGCUCAAAGUGGAUGCCUAUGGAAAUAUUCUUGUCUGUGUGCAUGGUUUCGAUUUCCUUAAGCCCAAUGAGGUGGCAGAGCUUUAUCCAAAUAAGUUCUUGGCUCUGGAUGAGAGGAGACUGUUUGUGCUCAAUACACUGUUUAAUGUCCCAGAAACCUACAUGUUAGCCUGCAUAAUACGUUACUUCUCAUCAUGUAAGCACUACACAAAAGAGAAGGAAGGUGUAAGGAGUGGAGAAUUGUACAUGUCAUUCAAGUCAAUAUUCCAAGAUGUCCGCUCAGCUGUUGACUGGCUUCAUUACAAUGGCUCCUUGAAGGAUGAGACAGUGAAAGAGAUGGACAAGUAUGUGCACCGAGAUGAGAGACUUCCGCUGCUGCUACAGAGAUUGAGGAAGCAUGGCGCCAAGACGGUGCUGAUAACGAACAGCGAAUAUGUUUACACUCAUAAAAUUAUGACCUACCUGCUGGACUACCCAUCUGAGGAUGGUACCGUACAGGAGUGGUCCACCUUCUUUGACUGUGUUGUGGUGGAUGCCAAGAAGCCGCUGUUCUUUGGAGAUGGGACAACUCUCCGACAAGUGGAUAGAAGGACAGGGUCCCUGAAGCUUGGCGACCAUGUUGGGGCCUUACAGCCCGGGCACAUAUACUCAGGAGGGUCCUGUGAUGUGUUAUCCCAGCUUCUUGGAGCCAAGGGACGUGAUGUUCUGUAUGUUGGUGAUCACAUAUAUGGUGACAUCCUCAAAUCAAAGAAGAAGCGUGGAUGGCGGACAUUCCUUGUUGUUCCUGAGCUUGGACAGGAGUUGAGGGUGUGGACAGACAAGCAGGAACUCUACAAACAGCUGGAACACCUGGAAGCUGUGUUGGCCGAUUUGUACAGAAACCUGGACAGCAGUACAAACGAUAAACCGGACAUCAGUGGUAUCCAGCAUUCUCUCCGGGAUGUGGUUCACAAGCUAGACAUGUCUUAUGGCAUUCUGGGUAGUCUCUUCAGGAGUGGUUCUCGGCAGACAUUUUUAGCAUCCCAGGUGAUGCGAUAUGCUGACAUCUAUGCUGGGACAUUCCUGAACCUCCUUCACUACCCAUUCUGCUACUUGUUCCGGGCUCCUGCCAUGCUGAUGCCCCAUGAAUCUACUGUUGAACAUGAGCCUUCACUGAAGGAGAAAGAAGAGGAUUUCACUGGAAUUGUGAGGAAUCGCUCAGUCAACGGCACACCUGAACUUGGAAGCCCUAAGAAACGAGCUCGUCAGACAUCAUCACCAUCGAAACAUGUGCUUCAUCUUCGAGCCAACACACCCCGUAAAGUCACUCAUACACAUGAUGAGGAUGAUUCCGAUGACUCUGAAUCUUCCGGUGUCAAUAGUGAUAAGUCUGUUUAAACUUGCUAGUCACAGCACAGUCAACUAGAUCUAUGCAAUAAUGUAGACUCUAUGGGUUGUGGAUCUGUGAAGUGCCAGGUACGCAGCAGUGGGAUGAAUUGUCUUUCUGGUUUGUGUGGGUUGUGUAGACGAGAGUAUGAUUGCUGCCUGUCUGUGGUUCAUGUGGGAUGCUUUCGGGAACCAGGGGAUGUGUGAAGGACAUCAUGGUUGUCAUGGCUGUGUGUCCAUUCUUCCUGUCUGUGGUUCAUGUGCGAGACUCUCAGGAACCAGGGGAUGUGUCAGGGACAUCACGGUUGUCAUGGCUUUGUGUCCAUUGUGCUUGUCUGUGGUUCAUGUGCGAUACUGCCAGGAACCCGGGGAUGUGUCAAGGACAUCACGGUUGUCAUGGUUGUGUGUCCAUUGUGCUUGUCUGUGGUUCAUGUGCGAGACUGCCAGGAACCCGGGGAUGUGUCAAGGACAUCACGGUUGUCAUGGUUGUGUGUCCAUUGAGCUUGUCUGUGGUUCAUGUGCGAGACUGCCAGGAACCCGGGGAUGUGUCAAGGACAUCACGGUUGUCAUGGUUGUGUGUCCAUUGUGCUUGUCUGUGGUUCAUGUUUGAGACUGCCAGGAACCAGGGGAUGUGAAGGACAUCACGGUUGUGAUGGAUCACUGUGUGUCCAUUGUGUAUCCGGUGUGUUUGUGCCUUGUUCAUGAUUUGUCUUAGUAAACCACAGUUGACAAGGAAAACAGCAAAGACACAGGGCAAUAUACAGUUCAUUUUGAACUGUUGUGCACAAGAGGCAUUUUACUUACAAAAACAUCAAAAUACUGGGGCAUGUAUUAUUUGGUGUCUGACUUUUCUUAUGCAAAUUAAGGUGCAUGGUGACUUCGUGUGAAAUAUCCUUAUCAAUAUUCUUUCAUGAAAAUACUUUUACUUCUUUUCCUAACCUUUCUAGUAGGAUAGUGUUGCAUAUUUAUGUGAUUAUUUAUCAGAAAAGUAUUGCUUGACAUAUAAAGUUUUAUUAUUUACAUUUGUUGAAAGUACAAAGUCAACCUUGUAUAUGUUUUGUUUUGUGGGUUUGUCUUUUAUUUUUCAUCAAUACACUGUUCUUGUAGAGGAUUUGUUAUUACCACAAAUUAUGUUAAGUAUAAUCAUGAACAUGAUGAAACACCAAAACAUAUUUCAUGACUUGAUUGAAAUAAAUGAAACAUUGAUUUGAAUAAUAAUGCCUUCUCAAGUAGGUAUUUAGCACUUGAUAUAUUUACACUGGCAGUGGUAGAUAUGUGUCAAAUGUCAAAUAAAGGAUGGAAAUAUUUAGAAAGCAAACAAACAAUUGUGAACUGGUAUCAUUUAGGAUGUACAGUGGUGUGUGGUUGAUGGCUUUGCCUAGCUGAAAUAGUAAUCAUUUCAUGCUCAUUAACCUUCUUGGUUGCCAGUCACAUAGUCUUAGUAUGAGUUAUACUUGCACUUCCAUAACACAAAAUACUGAGGUGAGGUCAUGUUUCAGUAUUGCUUGCUAUACUGUUCUUUGUUAAUGCCAGUAUUCAUCCAUUGUGAACAUGAAGGUAUAUUGAUGUUUGUACUUCGUAUAGCUAAGAAGUAGCUUAUUCACAUAUACUUAGUAUAAACUUGGAUGGUGAUGAUAAUAAAUAAUGUGUGUACUUAAAGUAAAUGAGGCUCCAUAGACAAGAAUCAUGCUCAAAAUGCUGACACUGUUGUCCCGGUCAAUGGAUCAGUGUACACUUGAUUAACAUUCUCAGCUUCCUGGGGAUCAUUCAAUUCAACCUGCUUUGCCAGACAGUAGAAUGUUCACAGUCUCCAUACUUCCGGGUUCCCAAUUUUACUGCUGUGUGAACAGAGGCAUAUUCAAACAGCCUCCACAUGUGUGCAUGUGUUUCUGUGUAGGUCAGGAUGAAGCCCAAGAUAUUGGAAGGAGUCUGACUCUGAAGAGUUGAACACACUGAUGCUGUUACUGCUGAUGUAUCAAUGGCAAACAUUCCUAUCAGCCUCUUUAACAUUAUUAUAUGCAUGUAUGUCCUCAUCUGUACACACUACUGAUAAUUCAAUCUUGGGGUAAUAAUCACCAGUCUUCGCCAGAACAAUAUAUCCUAACUCUCAUCUUAUUUCAUGACGUACUAACGGGAUUGGUUGGUCAGGUUCGCUGACUUGGUUGACACAUGUCAUCGUAUCCCAAUUGUGUAGAUCGAUGCUCAUGCUGUUGAUCACUGGAUUGUCUGGUCCAGACUUAAUAAUUUACAGACUGCUUCCAUAUAACUGUAUGUGGCAUUAAACAACUAACAAACAAACAAACAAUUUCAUGACGUUGUUGUUACAGAAUUUAACCGGCAGUGUUAGGAGGUGUGUAGCUGUGCCUUACCUGUAUGAUUUCUUACAUGACUGUUUAAUGUUACUCCAUCUGUUCAUUAAUUUCAGAAAUUCCCUUUUCUAGUCAGCAGACUUUGACAUAUACUAUGUCUCAACCCUGUUAGUUUGACUGGUACUAUGUACGCUGUUAUUUGACUGGUUUCUACUGUAUUUGUUGAGUGUUGAUAUGUGUUCAUUGAUAGCUUGUCUUGUUUAACAGGCAGGUCCUUAAGUGUCUUGUUUAAUAGUCCUUGUUUACCUUAUCAAGGAGGUUCUUGAGUACCUUCAAAGAGGCA